AUGUGCGGCUGCGACGACUGCUGCGGCUGCAUCUCUUACAGGACCAGGGAGAACAUCAAGUACGGCUGCAUCUGCUUCGGCGUCGUCGCCGUCGUGGUCGUCUUCGCCGUCCUCCUGGCCGCCUACGCCUUCCUCCGCCACGUCAGCAUCAUCGUGGAGGACGCCUCGCUGACCAGGUUUGCACUGCUGACGACCCCGGCGACGGCGCUCGCGUACAACCUCUCGCUGUCUCUCAACGUCCGCAACCCGAACUGGGCGAUGAGCAUCAAGAACACGGAGCCGUUCGAGGCCGCCUACAAGUUCGACGGCCAGCAGUUCGACCGCGUGCAGGUCUCUGACAAGGGCGACAAGCAUCCCCCCAGGAAGACCAUGGUUUACCGCCUUGACUCGGGAUCAGACGGCGCCCUCGUGUCGCUGGGUAACGCCGGCGUGGUGGAGUACAAGAAGGAGAACGAGACAGGUGUGUUCGAGGUGGAGGUGGCGCUGACCCGCAAAGUGAGCUACACAGCGCGCUACACCAAGUGCAAGAUCGAGGCCACCUGCAAGCUCAAGCUCAAGCUCGUGAAGCCGGAGACGACCACGGUGGUGUUCGAAAAAGUGAAAUGCAAGCUAGAAAAGGCCGAGAAAAACUGCUAG